AUGACGGGUAGCCCAACACAGUCUCUGCGUGAGCUACACCGUCAAAUGACGUGCACGGCCAAAGAACACCCAACCAGUCAGUCCGCGCUUCCUCUUCUGCUCGGCCAUGGCAGCAAAAGUACGAACAAAUUAUUCUUCCUAGGAAAGUAUGCAGCGGAAUUGUCAUUUUUUACAAGAAACGAAGAUUUUGAUCAGCAUUUCAAGAACCUCAUGGAUGGUAAAGAUGGCAAUGUUUUAGAACCUGAUGUAGAUCAGGAAGCCAUAUAUGAUGAGCUUGAUGCAGUAACUAGCAGAGAUGAAAUUUGGAAAGUCAUUAGCAAAUUGAAGCCAAAUAUGAUCUGUAGCGAAGAUUUCAUUUUAAAUGAAGUUUUUAUCAAGUUGCGAAUCGUUAACGGUACGAGCCAAUCUCAGGGUAGACUGGAGGUAUACCGGGGCGGUGAGUGGGGGACAAUUUGUAAUGACGACUGGAAUGACACUGGUGCUUCUGUAGUCUGCAGAUCGCUUGGUUACGGUAAUAAUCCUAAUAGUAACAAUCCUAAAAGUAACAAUCUUAACAGUUACAAUCCUAACAGUAACAAUCCUAAUAUUUACCAUCCUAAUAGUAACAAUCCUAACAGUAACAAUCCUAACAGUUACAAUCCUAAUGGUAACAAUCCUAAAGGAAACAAUCCUAAAAGUAACAAUCCUAACAGUAACAAUCCGAACAGUUAUAAUCCUAACAGUUACAAUCCUUGUAAUCCCAACAGUAACAAUCCUAACAGUUACAAUCCUAACGAAAACAAUCCUAACAGUAACAAUCCUAAAAGUAACAAUCCGAACGGUUACAAACCUAACAGUUAUAAUCCUAACAGUUACAAUCUUAACAGUAGCAAUCCUAACUGUUACAAUCCUAACAAUAACAAUCCUAACGAAAACAAUUCUAACGGUAACAAUCCUAACAGUUACAAUUCUAACAAUCCUAACAGUAACAAUCCUAAAAGUAACAAUCCUAACGGUAACAAUCCUAACAGUUUCGUAACAAUCCUAACAGUAACAAUCCUAAGUAACAAUCCUAACAGUAACAAUCCUAACAGUUACAAUCCUAAGUAUCCUAACGGUAACAAUCCUAACAGUUGCAAUCCUAACAGUUACAAUCCUAACAGUUACAAUCCUAAAAGUAACAAUCCUAACAGCAACAAUCCUAACAGUUACAAUCCUAAGUAUCCUAACGGUAACAAUCCUAACAGUAACAAUCCUAACAAUCCUAACAGUUACAAUCCUAAGUAUCCUAACGGUAACAAUCCUAACACUUAUAAUCCUAACAGUUACAGUCCUUAUGAUCCUAAAAGUUACAACCCUAACAGUUACAAUCCUAAAAGUAACAAUCCUAACAGCAACAAUCUUAACAGUUAUAAUCCUAAAAGUAACAAUCCUAACAGCAGCAAUCUUAACAGUUAUAAUCCUAAAAGUAACAAUCCUAACAGUAACAAUCCUAACAGCAACAAUCCUAAGUAUCCUAACGGUAACAAUCCUAACAGUUAUAAUAAUAACAGUUACAGUCCUUAUGAUCCUAACAGUAACAAUCCUAAAAGUUACAACCCUAACAGUUACAAUCCUAAAAGUAACAAUCCUAACAGCAACAAUCUUAACAGUUAUAAUCCUAAAAGUUACAAUCCUAACAGUUACAAUCCUAAAAGUAACAAUCCUAAAAGUAACAAUCCUAACAGUUAUAAUCCUAACAGUUAUAAUCCUAACAGUUACAGUCCUUAUAAUCCUAACAGUAACAAUCAUAACAAUUCUAACAGUAACAAUCCUAACAGUUAUAAUCCUAACAGUUACAAUCCUAAAAGUAACAAUCCUAAAAGUAACAAUCCUAACAGUAACAAUCCUAACAGUUAUAAUCCUAACAGUUACAUUCCUUAUAAUCCUAACAGUAACAAUCAUAACAAUUCUAACAGUAACAAUCCUAACGGAAACAAUCCUAACAGUUACGAAGUGGAACAGCACUUAUUGCCCCGGGGCAAUAUUACAGCAAAGGUGAUCUUGAAAUAG